CAAUAUUUUAAAUUAUACAAAUAAAUCAUUAUGCUUUGUCAUAUGUAUAAACAAAUUUCAUUAAAUUGGAAUAUGAAAUCAAUGAAUUCUAUGAGUAUACUACUUAUAUUACUAAUAAAAUUAAUUCUAUUUCAAUCUCAUUUAAUAUUAAUUCAUGGAGAUGAAUUAAAUUUAAAUAGUAAUAAUCCUAAUCAUAAUAAUAAUCCUUUAACAAUACAAAAUGAUCAACAACGUGCUCAAGCAUUAGCUAAACUAAUGUCAUUAUUUUAUACAAGUGAUGCAUUUAAUAAAUAUAUGGAAAAUCUUGAUGCAUAUUAUAUGCUUAGAGGUAGACCAAGAUUUGGUAAACGUAAUUCUAAUCACAAUAAAGAGAAUACUGAUUUAAUCCAUAAUUAUCUUCGUGAAAAAUUUAUACAAAAAUAUUUAAUAGAAAAUUUUCUCAAAGAUACUACUAAUGAGAAUGAGAUUAGAAAUGAAUAUUAAUAAAUAAAUAAAUAAAUAAAUA